AUGAUCGGCAGUCUCUUCUUCAUCCUUAAUAGGCUCUUGGAGCUUAUUCUCCUGAUUCCGAUCAUCGGAAUGAUGGCCUACUUUGUCAACGGCUAUCUGAAUGCCAACAUCAUCACCCCGGCCUAUAUUCUCGUGAUUUUUAUUGUCAGCGUCAUCGCCGCGUUCUGGUGUAUCGAUACCAUGAUUCGCAUCUCGACAACUCGACGUUCGGCAUUGUUCGUCGCAUUUGUGGAUUUGCUAUUCUUUGGCGCCUUUAUUGCAGGAGUCUACGAGCUGCGAUUUAUCACGAACGCCGACUGCGCUCACUGGGAUGGAGGCUCAGUAUACAUAUCGCUCGGCCCCUUUGGGUACUACGGUUACACUUCGGACAACCCGUUAUCGUUUCACAUCGACAAGACAUGUGCGAUGCUCAAGGCUUGCUUUGCUUUGGGAAUCAUUGAAGUGAUACUUUUCUUUUGGACUGCGAUAUUGGCGAUGAUGAUCUACCGCCGACCGGAGGUGGUCGUCAAAGAGACAACCGUUCGUCGCCGAAGCCAUAGCAGUCGACGCGGUCAUCGCCGUCAUAGUAGCUCGCGGAGCCGACACCAGUAUGUGGUUUAG